AUAGGGGACUAGUUUGUGGAGGUGACGCCUGCUGGAAUAGCUGAGAAAGCCUGGAACAAGGGAGGUUUUUUAUUGUUGUAAUCGAGGGAGCUGAAUGAAGAGGAGUGGAGGUUUCUCUUUGGACCAGACACUGACGACGUCUGGAGAACAAGCCCUAAAGUGCCAAAUGCCCAGACUAGAGGACCACUGCUGGAGCUGCUCCUGUGCGUCAAGGGUCGAGACCAAGCAUUCAUCCGGGGCGAACUGGUUAGCAUCCAAAGCCGAAGAAAUGAUGUCCAUCAUCACCUCGGUGCUCAGCAAUGCCUACGGCUCGCUGCACGACGUCCGGACGGCCAACCUGAUCCGCCGGGGUCUGGUCCUCUUCACCGUCGGCGCGUUCCUCGCCCUGGUGCUCAACUUGCUGCAGGUACAAAGAAACGUCACCCUGUUUCCCGAGGAGGUGAUGACAACUUUGUUCUCGUCCGCCUGGUGGAUCCCUCCGUGCUGCGGCACAGGAGCCGCUGUUGUCGGCCUGCUGUACCCCUGCCUCGACAGCCAUUUGGGAGAGCCCCACAAGUUCAAGAGGGAGUGGGCCAGCGUCAUGAGGUGUAUCGCCGUGUUCGUCGGCAUCAACCACGCCAGUGUUAAACUAGACUGCAACCAAGUGCAGCUCUCCCUAACACUGGCAGCCUUGUCCUUGGGCCUGUGGUGGACGUUCGACCGGUCCAGGAGCGGCUUUGGUUUGGGCAUCACCACCGCCAUCCUGGCUACAGUGUUCACACAGCUGCUGGUCUACAACGGAGUCUACCAGUACACGUCUCCAGACUUCUUGUAUGUACGCUCCUGGCUCCCCUGCAUAUUCUUCUCAGGCGGUGUUACUGUGGGAAACAUCGGACGGCAACUCGCCAUGGGUGGUGUCGAGAAACCCCACAUGGACUGAAAAACCCGGGGAAAGGGCAGCCGAUGUUAAAAAAAAAAAAAUGGACAAGUUAUGAGAAAAAAGACUCACUGUUUCGACUUCAUCCUUUGUUCUCAUGACAAAGUGCGGGUCAGAGAAGCCCCUCAUCUAACGUGCCAUGUCCUCUGCACCUCCCUGUGGCCAGCCACCUCUCCCUCCCUCCUCUGUUGUACUCCAUUAGCAUUAAGGCUUCCCUCACACUAGACGGGGAGGAUGCCGUUUGCCUUUAUUUUGUUGUUGAUGUUGUUGUUGUUGUUUUUGAAGUGAACUGUUGACUGGUUUUAUUUUUUUUUUGCUGGAAGUACGGACCUUUCUGAAUUUUAUCGAGUGGAAGAGUGCGUGCGUGUGCUUUAGCGUGGUUGUAUCCUGGUCUUAGCAGAGGAGACAUGAGGGGAGGUGCUAAUGUCUUUUUUUUUUUUUUUUUUUUUACAGUCUUAAUUUAAUAUGAUCAUAAAAGGGAAAUAUUGUAUGAGUGGGCAACAGAAUAUGUCUUCACUCUCACGGAGAAAUGUAUUCAGCGGGCCUCAGUGGCACCGCCGAGGCACAGGGGAGAUGUAUGUUCCCAGUUAAACCAAAUUAAGUAUUUAUUUUGUAACUUCUGAAUGACCCCAAACCAAAUGUAAUUUGUGGUAGAUACUGAAUGAGGAUUCCAGCUUCUGAAAGGAAUAGUUUGACAUUUGGUGGAAAUAUUUGAAAAAUGGUUUCCUUGCUGAGAGUUAGAUGAGAACAUUGAUAUCACUCUCAUAUUUUUAUGGUAAAUAUGUGGCUAAAGCUAGCAGCUGGUACGCAUAGCUUAGCACAAAGACUGGAAAAAAGGUGGAACAGCUAGCUUAGCUCUGCUGAAGGUGACAAAGCCCCCUACCAGCUUUUCUAAUGCUCACUCAUUAAUACAUAUAUCAUGUUCUUUUAAUGUAAACUUAAAAAGUUAUGCUCACCAAUGCUGGUGUUAGCUUCAGAUUUAUCAUCCAGAAUUGAGAGUUUGAUCAGUUUUCUCAUUUAAGUUUGAACUAUUUCUGUAAAGUGAAAAUUGAUACCACUCCAAAAUGUAUACAGUGUACAUGUAUUGUUAGCUAAAGCCAGCAGGCUGUUAGCUUAGCUAAAUUCAAACUUAAAAAGCAGACAUAACUGUUGCUGGUGCUCGCCACAUGUGCACUAUUGAGACACGAAUAGCAUUAAUUUGCUUCUGGUAAAUCUGCUGGUUAGCUUAGCGUACCACAAAGUAUGGGAAACAGGGUGCAAACUAGCUAACUAACAUUUUGUUUGUUCAAUUUAAAGUCAAAGCUAACUGUUGCCAGCACUUGCUAUGCUAAAUAUGUAACUAUAGCCAGCACCAGUUAAGCUUUGUCUGGCACACAGACCAGAAACAGGCUGACAAUGCUAGCCUGGCUCCUCUAUUCAACAUCAGCAUUUCUAAAUCUCACUGAUUAAACCUUAUGUCUUGUUAAUUUAAUUCAAACUUAAAAAGCUAAGCUAGCUGCCACUGGCGCUAGUUACACAUUUACCAUGAAGACAUGAGUGGUAUCAAUCUUCUCGAUUAAAGUAAAACUAUUGUUUUGAAGUGACAAUGAAACAUUUUCUGCAGAGGAGUCGAUGGAAUGAGGAGAGACAGGAAAUGUGUACCCGAGUGCCAACUUACCGAUUCGGUCCGGCUGGUAUUAGCUUGUAUGUAAUGACACGCGAUACACUUCAAGCGUUAAGAAAUAUGGAGCAAAAAAUGCAACAAUUCAGUUGUGUUUUACUGCUUUCUGUCAGCACAACACCACAUUUUAGACCUUCAGUUCAUUGUUUGGGCUGUUUCAGAUAAACAGACAGAGGAUUGUUUAGUAAGGAGGAGAGAGAAGUCUGACCUCAAAGCAUUAUUCUGGAUUGAAAUGAGUAAAGGGACGGCCACCAUGGUGGACCGUGUUUUGGAAAGAAUGUACUGGGAGUAUACCACACUCAACAACCUUUGCCAGCAUUUGUGGUUCAUGUCAAAACACUAUCCAGUGAUUAUUUUUCCCCCUUGUGACCAGGUGUUAAAUGUCUUGUAGAACUGACCUGUGAUUCCCUACAGAGACAAACAUGUUACCGUGCGAUUGUACACAUUUCCCACUUUUCAAUUGUACCCUCAAACUUAGCGCUGAUAGUUUGGGAACAUACAGCGGUCGUAGGAGAGGGCAGGACAUUAUUACUUAAGAUUUGCAAUCUGUGAUUGCCUGUGUAUUAUAGAAUGUAGUGCUUUUGUCACUAUAACAAUUUAGUUUUAUCAUUUGUACAAACAUAAUGACAUUAUUGCUUGUAUGUAUAAUGGCUUGCCUAUGUAAUCAGACAGGUGUUAUUACCAUACUAGACCUACGGUAUGUUAGUUAGCGUUUGGGGGUCUAGAGGAUUAAGUGCAAUCAGAGUAUACAUGAGCCGAUUAUUCUUUCCUUUAUUUAUUAUUAUUAUUUCUGACAAUGGCUAAAAAAAAAUAUAUAACUUGUUGUAAGUAUAUGCAGUGUGGAUACUUAAAAAAAAAAGCAAUAACAUCUUUUUUUGAUUGUUUUUAUUUUUUUUUGUCAGAUUACAUGCCUUUUAGAGUCAAAACCAAUGACUCUCACCAGAGAGACAAGCAUAAGAAAAUAUAUUGUGUCAAACAAAAACAAACAAAAAAAUCUUGUUCAGUAGCAUUACGGAAGGAAACCUGACUUAUUUUUUUAAAUACUUUUUUCGUGGGCGGGUCACUUCAGGUUGAAUCUGCCCACAUUCAGGUGUGUUAAACUGAAGAGGAAGCUUUAUUUUUUUGAGGUGGUGAAGCACCUUCUGUUUCAAUGUUUCAGAGUUUCUGUGUAUUUGUCUGAUAUUUCAGCUGUGUUUCAUUUUUGCUACCAUGGAUUUAAGUGAAAAAAAUAAAAUAAAAAAAUCACCUGACCAAGGA